UAUUCACUUACGUACUGCUAGCAGCCGACUGCGCGCGGCGCGACAUCGAUUUUUCCACUAAACAAGCCAUUUUCAACCAUCAGUGAGAUUGUAAACGCGUUCUGUGCGGUUCGGAAUAAUAAAAUCGAGAUAAGUGAGAUAUGUGUGGUUCUUCGCGUAAAUAAUGCGAUACAGUCGGUCGGCUUUUAACGACAAUGGCCGCUCAAAAUAAAGUUGAAAGUGGGUCGGAGGAGAUGCCCGCGACGUCAACUGACCCGAGCACUGAACAAAAGGAUCGAUUGAUAGCUGCUGUGAAGAAAGAAGUUAAGCAGUUGAUGGAAGAGGCUGUUACGCGUAAAUUUGUUCAUGAAGAAAGUGGAGGGGUGACUGCACUCUGUGGCGCGGUGGAAGCAUGCCUCGGUCAAGGUCUCAGACGCCGCGCACUCGGCCUCUUCAAGACCAGCUCGACUACUGCCCUGUUGCAUAAAAUUGCUAAGAACUGUCCAGAAGCAGCUUUAGUGUCAGCUCGAGUUUUGGCUGCCGAAGGGGCUCCAGCUACGCGAUCAGCUUCAGGAGUCGAGAGGCGACCGUCAGCUCCACGUCCUCCUCUUAAUAAACGAGGAUCUGGCUCCUUGCUAUCACAGCCACCACCACAAUCAAAGUACCUAUGGAUACGAAUUGCCUUGUUCGAGCGUCAAUUGGCUAAAAUUAUUGAACAUUUAGUCAACAAUGCCAGUAGAUACUACGAAAGGGAAGCGUUGGUAGCAGAUCCUGACUACGGUAGUAUCCUGAGUUCCUUACUGGUUGGUCCUUGUGCCUUGGAAUACUCCAAAGCUAAGGCCCCAGCCUGCUUUUGGUCAGAUCCUCCGGCUGAUGAACUGGUUCAGAGACAUAGGAUGUCUGCCGGUACGACAACGCCGCCUUCUGUAAGGAGACCCAUUCUUAACUUUAGAAGAAGUCUCAAUGCGUCUUCAGAUGACGGAAGUACAGUUACUACAGGAACUGCAAAUGCAACUGCGUCCAACGCUAAGGAUUAUGUUGAGAGCUUGCAUCAAAAUUCGAGAGCGACACUUCUAUACGGCAAAAACAAUGUUCGAGUUCAGCCGAAAGACGUCGAAGAGCCAAUGGCUGGCUACUUGAGUUUACAUCAAACAGCCGCUGGACUUGUUAUUAAGUGGACUCCCAAUCAACUUAUGAACGGUUAUGCCGAGAGCGAAGGAAUUGAUAAAAGUCAGUAUCGUUGGCACCUAGUGCAUGUGUCGGCGUGUCCACAUGAGUGUAUUCUGUGCAGUGCUGCGCCUUGCACCGUGUAUAGACGAAGAUGUGCUGGUUCGCUUUGUAUCAAUUGCGUAUACUGGGCGAUGUCGCUACAAGUUUGUGUAUGGGAAGUGGUAUAUGUUCACGUCCAUCGAUCUAAACUGAGCGAUGCUCUCAUUUUAGUAGGACAAGAUGGAGUUCAACGACCUCCAAUACAUUUCCCAAAAGGAGGACAUUUGCUAUCAUUUCUAAGUAGUUUAGAGACAGGCUUACUACCACACGGUCAACUUGAUCCACCACUUUGGUCGCAACGAGGAACAGGAAAGGUAUUUGGUCGUGGCAAAGUCCGCAGGCAACCUUUGCCGAGCUUAUGUGAAAGUGGAGAGACGGAAGAACCUGAUUGGGAAGAAGUGGCGGGAGAUUAUGUUUUCCGAAUAGUCAACAAUGCUAUCACUGAUAGAGAAGCUAUGCGUCACUCGCUGCUGGAGCGCGUGGUGCAGUCCCCGCCGCGAACCCCACGCCGACCGCUGGCCUCCACGUCCACGACAUCAUCCGAUUCAUCCACGAUGUCCGUGGACUUUCCCCCGCCCGGACUCAAUGGACACACGGCUUUGCCCGCACCGAACCCUAUUGUGGAAGAGGUUGCAUCGAUCGAAUUGGUCUGUAGUACAAUGCGUCGACAAAUCAUCUCACGGGCAUUUUAUGGUUGGCUCGCUUAUUGUAGACAUCUGUCCACCGUGCGAACACAUCUUAGCGGAUUAGUAAAUCCGAAUAUAAUAACAAGAGAAGGUAUAGAAACUGGUUUAACUGAAGAGUUGUGGCGAUCCAUGAUGGAUAACCGAGGCAUUGUGAUUGAUAAGGAUGAGGUGUAUAGGAUAGUUUAUUACGGCGGAGUUCAACAUGAUAUUAGAAGAGAGGUCUGGCCGUUCCUCUUAGGAUAUUAUGAAUUUGGCUCAACCGCAGAGGAAAGGAUCGAACAAGACGUAGCAUACCGACGACAGUACGAAACAACAAUGUCCGAGUGGUUGUGCGUAGAAGCGAUAGUGCGACAAAGAGAUAGAGAAGCUACCGCUGCGUCAAUUGCACGACUCACGGAAUCUUCAGGAAAACCAAGACCUGAAGUCAAUGAACCUGGCGAGGUCUUUGAAGAUGAUUGUAGCGUUAUAUCAGACAAUCCACCAAUCGUCUCACCUGAGCCCAGUGAUAACGAACAAAGGAAACAAGAAUCUAAACCUAUACUUUCAAGAGCACCGAGUAUAGAUGAAGUUGACAAUAUUGAAAUGGAUUCAGAAGAGAAAGGCAAGGAAUCUUCCAAAGUCAAUGGAGAUACAGAAACAGAGACAAAUGAUAGCAGGGACGUCGAUAGUCUCAAUGAAUUAGACGACGAUGACGAAGUAUAUAUUAAGAGCGUUGUUGAAAAUCCGGAUAUGAGACGUGAAAGUAUAGCCGAGAUUAAGAGACUGGCGGAGGGAUUCGUGCAAAAGGGUGAAGGAAGAGGAUUAUUAUGCAGUGUCGACAGUGCCAACGUUAACCUUAAUGGAAGUGACUUAAAGUCCUCGAUAGAUGAAUAUCAACCGAGCACGCAUCAGCAGCAUACCAGCGUUAUUAUAACAAAUCCGUCUGUUGAUCUAGCUCCGUCCGGUUCACCCGCGUCUGGUGGAACUACAGCCAACGUGAGUCCGGCGCGCAGCCCGCUGGGCGUGGUGCGCGAGGAGUCGCAGUCGGCGGGCGCCUCGUUCGACACGCUGGAGCCGAGCGACGCGCGCCCCGACAACCGCUCCAACUGCGUCUCCCCCGCCAGCUCCAAUGGGGGGGUGUAUUCUAACGAAUUAGUAGAGAGUUUUGCACUGAAUCUACAUAGAAUUGAAAAAGACGUGCAAAGAUGCGACAGGAACUACCCAUUCUUUACAGAUGAAAAUUUGGAUAAACUGAGAAAUAUUAUGUGCACGUAUGUUUGGGAACAUCUGGAGACAGGAUACAUGCAAGGCAUGUGCGAUUUGGUGGCGCCGCUGCUGGUGAUCAUGAAGGAGGAGGCGGUUGCGCACGCGCUGUUCUCGAGGCUCAUGCACAGAGCGAGGGAUAAUUUUCCUUCUGGUCAAGCUAUGGAUGCACAUUUUGCUGACAUGAGGUCACUCAUUCAAAUCCUGGAUUGUGAGUUAUACGAGCUGAUGCACGCGCACGGAGACUACACUCAUUUCUACUUCUGCUACCGGUGGUUCCUGCUGGACUUCAAGCGGGAACUUGUCUACCAAGAUGUUUUCUCGGCCUGGGAGUUGAUAUGGGUGGCGCGUCACGUGGCCUCCGAGCAUAUGGUGUUGUUCAUAGCGCUCGCUCUACUCGAGACCUAUCGCGACGUUAUACUCGCAAACGCCAUGGACUUCACCGACAUCAUCAAGUUCUUCAACGAAAUGGCCGAGCGUCACGACGCUUCCGCCGUGUUAUCUCUCGCUAGGGACUUAGUCCUACAAGUUCAAACUCUAAUUGAAAAUAAAUAAAGUUCAAAAUGUAAUGACACUCGCAUCUCAUUAAAAUAGUGAUUCAUAGGUCACGGUUCAUAGAACAAAUUUUCGAAGGCUAGGUCCUAUUAGACUUAUCGUAAAUAUCGAAUAGACAAUUCUACUGUUAACAUGAUUCUAUUAGAAGAUUCCAAAUGUUCGAUGUGACAACGUGUAUUUCUAAUAUUAUACUCUGUGUAGUCUUAAAUAGUUUCAUAAGGCGAAGUGCACAUUGCUAAUAAUGGAUAGGUUUUAUUUACUUUAAUUUUGAAUUUUUAGAUCGAUCGGUUGACGAAAUUUUACGUUUCUUUAAAUUACUAAUUAAUUAUUACGUUUU